UCUCAAGUAAUGCCCUCCUUGAUUACUGGAAUGAGUUUGAAAGAACAAUAACAGUCUACAGCCAAAAACACCAUAAACUUCAUUAUACUGAAAUGGAUCAGCUGAUUGAGUGGGUAAUGAAGCAAAGAGGAAAAGGGAGUGAAGGAAAAGUUCGGGAGGUUGUGGCUAACAACACUGGUCCUAUCACAAAAUUAAUGAGAGAA